AACCUGAAAUUGAAUGGCAUUCCUCAAUAAAAGAAAGUUUUACGCCUGAUCCUGAAGAAUUAUGGUUUGAGGAACAAUUGUAUCAACAAUUUGCAAAUGAACCAUUAAUUACUGCUGUUGGGUACCAAUCACCCAAAGAGGAAUUGGAAGAUAUCUAUCGUGAAUUUAUUAAAAUUAAACAAGUUAUCGCUAAACAACCUAUUACAAAAAGAGGAUCCCAAU